ACUGAAAAAAUUAAAUUGACACUUGAAAAUCUCCCAAAUCACGUUUGUAUUUGUCAGAGUCACUUUACCACAAAUACACAGAAAGAUUACAGAUAUUGAACUACAUAGAUUUGUAAAUCUCACGCUGAAAUGCACAGACUGGACAGCAUCUGUAACCUGUGCGACUGUGGUGUAUAAGGCAUGAUAACACAAUAUUAGUGUACAGCUGUAUAUUGUUACAGUGGGGAACACAAAGUAAUCAGUCAUUAACUAAUUGAUGAGGGGUCGUUACAGCCAUCCCCGGUCUGCAGGAACGCGACGAGCUCACACAGAUAAACACUGUCACGGGGAAAUAUCUCCACGUUUAAUCCGCGCUAACCGCUUAUUCCGUCUAACUGAAAGAAAUGCAAAAACCUGGCCUGCCGUUGUCACGUGAACACAACGUUUCUAUGGUAACAAAAACCACAAACCGUGCAGAGACAGCUGAGAGGCUCGAAAAAUGUCUCACCGAGCGUUUAGUAAACGUGUUUACGAAGACAAGCGCGACUUUGACGAAAUGAAAAACGCCGCCGCGGAGUUUUAUCGAGUGAGCAGAGUCCCCCAGGACAUGGAGCGAGCUCUACACCAGCUCUUCCUCCACCGGCCCGCAGACCUGCACGGGUACCUGGCGGAUUACUUUGCAAACCUCGCGGCACCACCGAGAAUCAGCAGAGUGACGGGACGGCAGGUUUACGAUGCCAGAGGACGACUUUCUGUUGAGGCAGAGGUCUUCUGUGUUGUUCACAACAAGGACAAGAGCAUGUCAUCAGCUGCUGUUUCGAGCCACUUGGUCCCUGAGAGUCAAGAGAGGACUGAGCAUGUGAUGGCUGCUGUGCUGUGGAUCAAUGAGCCUCUGAACAGCAUGCUGAAAGACCGAAAUCCUUGUGACCAGUUACAAAUCGACGAUAUACUCAGCACUUUCUUUAAGGACCGCUGUCUGGAGGAAAAAGAGGUCCGGGACAGGGAGAGGCCUGAGGUGAUUCCCUCUUCAUCUCCUCCACAAACUAAAGACAAGAAGAUCAUUAAUAAAGAUAAAAAGAGCAUCGUGGAAAAGCCAUUUCCUGCAGUGGAACCACAAAAGCCAGUUCUACAGGGAAGCUUGGCUGUUGGCUCAGUGUCGCUGGCUGUGGCCAAAACUGGGGCACAGAUACAGGGCAUCCAUCUGUACGAAUACAUAGCAGCUCUGAGGAACCAGGAGCCUCCGGCACAGUUUCACAUCCCUGUUUCCUUGGUGACAUUGCUCAGCUGUGGCAAGACCUCGCCGGGAAAACUGAAUUUACUGGAGGAAGUGAUCCUGAUCCCCAAAGUGGGACAACAAGUCAAACAAAUCAUCACAAUGGCUCUUGAGGUACAGAAGGAGAUGAUGAGAAUAAUGAAAACUUUAACCAAUGGCGGGGCCAGCGAAACAUUUGUAUGUGACAGCGGGGCCCUGGCUGUAAGCCACGAGCGAGCAGAGCAGCCUCUGGAUCUGAUCGCUGAAGCCUGCACCAACCUUGGAGUUCCACUGGGCACACAGAUCCAUUUAGCUUUGAACUGUGCUGCUCAUGAGCUCCUGGACCCUUCUAAGGGGAAGUAUGAAGUUGCAACUGGAGUUCUGAAAUCGCCCGAUGAGUUAGUCGACCUGUACCAAACCCUCAUCAGCAAAUACCCAGCAGUGGUGGCUUUAAUAGACCCAUUUAGGCAAGAGGACAGAGACCAGUGGGAGAAGCUGAGCAGUAUGAUUGGAAACUCGUGUUCACUGCUCUCUGAUGUCUCCUACAAGUCACAGGGACCUCCCCUUCCUGGAGUCAGAGGCCAUAUCUUAAAACAUAUCAAUGAGACAACAGUCAGUGACCUGAUCCACAUGACAUCAGAGCAACAAGGUUCUGUGUUGAUGGGAACUACAUGCAGUGAGCCAUGCAGUGAGGAUUCUUUGUCAGAUAUAACUGUGGGUCUGGGCCUGCACUAUGUCAAACUGGGAGGUCUAAGUGGGGCUGAGAGGAUGACUAAAUACAACCGGCUGAUUUCUAUAGAAGAAGAACUGGCCCAACAGGGAAUCCUUGUCUUUAAGGAGAAGCACCCUCCUCCACUGUUCCCUGACAACCCACAUAAGCAUUCAGGCACCGAGGGAGCAAGGUCUGGAUUGGAGGAACACAGCUCACAUCUGAUUCAGACGGAUCUUUGAAGGUGUCUUCAUGAUAAUAUAAUAUAUUUACCUUUCACAAUUCAGUUUUGCAGUUAACACCACCUGUAAUAAUCUGCUGAGGUGAUUAUAACCGUUGUGGAUCGAUCCAGGGUCACCAUUGUAUGAGCACCAUUCUGCUAUGUUUACAGCUCUGAAAAAAGUGUCUCUAACAGUUUGAAAUAUGAGUUCUUGUCAAGAAAAACAUCAAAUAUAUUCACAUUUUGAGCUUCAGACUGAAAACACAGUGCUAUGUACAAUGAUGUCAUUUUAAUUUGAAAUAAAAACCAGAACGAUUUUAAGGGACGGAAGUUCAAGCCAGUUCAAGCCCCAAACAAGUGCACAUGGAAGAUUUGCUUUUAUAUCUUAAAUCUGCUGGAUGGUGUUUGAAGGAAACGUUUGUAUGUUUACUCCUCAGCAGCAAAAGAAUGAGGGGGUGUUGUCAUCAGUGUCAGGUGUACUAAAAGUCUCAGACAGGUUUGUGUCUCAGUGACUUCAACCUCAAGGUGAGAGGUCAAGUUUUCUGAAAAUCUUGGAAAUGGGAUGAAAUUAGAUUUUGAUUCAGUGUCAGUGUGUUUUCAGUGUUUGCAUUUUUCAGCAAAUAAAAGAGAAAAUGAUCACGCGUGGCCCAGAAGCAUGUUUUCCUGCUGUCUUCCAUUUCUGCAGGUCUGUAUGUGCGUCGAUCCAGAAUAUCUCCAGGCAGUAGAAGAUUUAACUGAAUAUCAAAUUAAUGGAAUUAAUUUCACAGCUCUGAAAAGAGGUUCAUUUAUCGCAGUCUUAAUUUAAAAGAACUAAAAGACGAGACCACAGUGAAACAUUUUAAUGUCACAGCUGACGGUGACACAUUUUGUUAGCAAUCUGAUUUAAGAGUGUGACA